AUGAACAGCUUCAAUAAGAAUUUGUAAUAUUGUAAAUGCCAGAAAACCUUUCAUGCAUGUUUUUUAUCGUAUCCUACAGUAAGUAGUGACGGUAAAAGAAAAAACUUCCUCCAGCUCUUGUGAUAUUAAACUGUGAAUAAUUUAUUAAAAAAACAACAUUAGUGUAAAAUAACAAUGGUGGUCUGAUGUGAUGUGGCCUGAAAGGAAGCAAAGUCUUUUAGCAAUUUAAUAAAACAUGCAAAAUAAAAUAAUCUAAAAAAAAAUCUGCCAAACUAAGCAAGGAUAAGAAUAUUUAAACACCUACUGUAGUGUUUUUGUGAUUAAAAGUAAAUAGAAAUGUAAACGGAAAGGUGACGGACAAACGGGUAUCGUAGUUGUGCUCAAAUACUGAAUGUUAGUAUUAAUUUUUUUAAUCAAUGAUCUUUUAUAGUUUGUAAUAAUAAACUAAAGGAAUGGAAUUAUUCAAAAAAUAUUUUCAACUUGAAGUUUUUUUUUUUUUGUAAGAGUUAAAGCCCUUUUUUUUUUUUCAGCAAUUUUCACAUGGAUUAUAUUCUUGGAAAGUCUGAUGUCGCGGCAUCGGUGGACUCUUUAUGAGUAAGUUUAUAUUCUUAGAACCAAGACAAAUCCCCACAGAAUUUGUGUAGAGUUUUGUCUUGAGUCAUGUCUGAGGUUCCACUGGGUAGAAGAUCAAGGCUGAAGAAUUGUGAAGCAUGUCGAGGUAAAGAUUCAUGUUGAGAAAACUUUUUUUUUUCUUUGCACAUCGUGAUGUUCUGCGGCACCGUCGGAAAAAUUGAACCUCUUUGCAUGCAUUUGAAUAACAACCAAAAGAAGCUUAUUUUACAGGAUAGGAUGAGAUGAGGAGCUUGACGAUCUGAGAGAUUGUUUAAAAGCUUUGGUUUCUCUCGUGGAUUGUUUUUUAAGGUCGGUUCAUACAGUACAUGUAGCAACAGGUGGCACUGCAACACCUACAGUAUAUACCAACCUUAUGGCUUCGUACUUUGAGGUUUUAGAAUUUCUCUCAUUGGAUAUAAAAAAAAUCGUCAGUAAUCUGAUGAUCUAAAAUGUCAGUAAUCUGAUUUUAUGCUAACAUAAAAUUUAUUUUCCUGGAUCUUUGAGUAUAUCAUUAGCCUCAUUACACUUUCCAGACCAGAUGCUCUCCUAGACUUUCCUUUUAAUCACAGAUUUAAUCGUUGAAUUUAAUCCCAAUUGAAUUACUUUGCAAUCAUUCCUGCUUCUUGUUAAACGUUUGUAGUGUACGUACGGUUACACGACAUCAGGCGUCUGUCGUACACACGGGUUUAAAUGAUCGGAAGAAUUUGAACCAGAUGUUCCUUUAAUUUUAUUUCAAUUUCAUUGUAUAUCACUUUGUGUGUGUGUGAGAUACAUUUCUAAGUUUUAGAAGUUAAUUAUUUAUUUAUUUUUUCUCUUUCCAAUGUAUGCCAUUAAUAAAAGUUUUGUCACAGAUAAAAAGCUCCACCUCAGGAAAUUACAGCUCAGCCUCAUGUAGGUGUUUCCACCGCAUGCUUUCACAAGUCAGCUUGGGACUGAUGAGACAAGGCCACGAUAAAUAUGACAGCUGAUUACUAUGCUGAUUACCUUAAUGCAACGGAAAGUGAUGGCUUUCAGCUCUGCAGCAACAGCAAUGUAAGUGCAUUCAGCCAAGUCUUCCUCCCUACCCUCUACAGCAUCGUCUUCAUCAUAGGAUUCGUGGGCAACAUGCUGGUGUUGUGCGUCCUGGUCAAAUACCACCAGCGUUCAAAUGUGACAGAUGUGUGCCUCUUUAACCUGGCGCUUUCAGACCUGCUCUUCCUCAUCUCGUUGCCUUUCUGGGCUCACUAUGCUGCCAUCAGCGAGUGGACCUUCGGGAACUUCAUGUGCCAUGCAGUGACAGCACUCUACAUGCUGGGAUUCUAUGGAAGCAUCUUCUUCAUGAUCCUCAUGACAUUGGAUCGCUAUGCUGUCAUCGUCCACGGCCAUACGUCCUUCAUCUCCAAGCACCGGUCUGUCAGAGCUAGCAUAGUCAUGGCUUUCUUUAUGUGGGUACUUAGCUUUGCAGCUUCUCUGCCCAACAUCAUUUUCUCCCAAGCGAAGAAUGAAUCAGACGGAUGGACGUGCAAAGAGGAAUAUCCAGAAGGAACCGCAUGGAAGCCUUUCUCUUACAUUGAGCUCAACAUCCUUGGCUUGAUUGUUCCUCUCUCAGUGAUGGUGUUCUGUUACUCGCGCAUCAUCCCCGUAUUAAUGACCAUAAAGUCUCAGAAGAAACACAAAGCUAUGAAACUCAUCCUGGCUUUGAUCAUCGUAUUCUUCCUCUUCUGGAUGCCCUACAACAUCAUCACCUUCCUGAAGUUCCUGCAUCAGUUAGGCUACAUGACAAGCUGCGAGUGGGAACAUUACCUGAACAUGUCUGCGCAGUGGGUGGAAACCAUAGCGUUCAGCCACUGCUGUCUCAACCCCAUCAUCUACGCCUUUGUGGGACAGAGAUUUAGGAAUUUGGUUAUCAAGAUACUAAAGCAAUGGUUUCCUGUUUGUUUUGGUCGCUGUACGACGAUCGCCAGCGAGUUCUCAGACAGGAGGAGCUCUAUGUCGUCACGCUCCUCAGUGGUUUCCAGCACAAAGAUUGUGUAGCCAAAGGUUUGGACAUGAACAUUCACGAAUCUCCACAAGUAUUCGUUUUCCACUUUGAUUUCAAAAGAACUUUUUUGGUUACAAUUUUUUUCUCUCGACAAUUUACUGCUGUUUUAUGUUUUAAAACGAUAUUUCGGACUGAAUCUAAAAUCCGAGUCUAUUAUAUGUAAUAACAUUAACCGAUAUUAAGACUAAUUGUUUUCGUGUUACAUAUCAGUCAUACUUUUUAUCGCUGUAUAUAGAACCCGUCUAUUUUAUAUUAUUUUUUCGAUUAUGUUCCUAGACGUUUGAGAUUCGAACACAACAUUUCCAUGUGCGUUGAAAAAAUAAAGUGUAAGCAACAAACUGAAAGAAAA